AUGUCUUCCAAACGUGAGCCCAGUGGCUCGGCGACAGAGAAAGAGUCGCGCAACGGCAAUUCGCCGUCCUUGCAAAAGACCAACACAAGUGCAACAGCAAAAUCACCAGGCCACAAGAAAAGCAAGGUUCCACCAUUUCUCGACCACUUCAAUGCGCGCGACCUCAAGAUCCUGUUCCGCUGCUCGGUCGCAUUCUGGGCGGCCUCGCUUCUCAUCGUCAUCGAUCCCACAUUGAGGACAUUCGGCAAUGCCACAUUCUUCGCCUGCAUCACCAUCAUGUUUCUACCUCCUUCCGGUGUCGUGCUGGUGAUUCUGCUGGGCGGCUUCACUUUGAUGUUGGGCAUGGCUCUGGGAUGGGCAUGGGGCGUCAUCGCAAUGAAAGCAGCUCAGGCGACAAGACCACAAGCAGAGACUCGGGCUCGCCUGCAGGCCUUGGGCAUAGAGGCCGCGAGGAAUACGGGCGCGACGACCUACUCUCCCGCAAGCGUCCUUGUCUACAACGGUUUCAUGCUGGACACGCGCAUCACCGUCACCUUCUUCUGCAUGUUGGGCUUGUUUGUCUAUCUCAUGGCAAGGCUCAGAAUCAAGGUCCCCAAACUCACGCUGACCGCCAUCUUUGCCUGGAUCAUCACUGACAUCUUCCUCACCAUCGGUCCCCUACUCCCUUCGUUCCAAGGUACCAUUCCUCAAGUGCUCAUCAAACCAGCCGCCGCCGGUGUUGCUAUCAGCUUCGCUUGCUCCAUCCUCAUCUUCCCAGAGUCAACCUCACACAUGACGCUCUUCAGUAUGCACAAGCUUGUCACAUCCAUGGCCGGCUCUCUCGAUCUCACUCGAAGUUUCCUUGAGAAUUAUCCCGACACAUCGCACAUGGAAUCUAUGCAGGCUUUGAGAGCCGGUGUUCUUGGAGGCUGGGCUGCUUUGGAACCUUCGUUUGGCUUCCUGUCCUUCGAUCUUUCCUUUGGUCACUGGAGUGCUCAAGACAUCGCUUCCUUGAGAGAGCCUAUCCGCCGCGUCAUGAUUGGCUCUAUGAGUCUGCUCGCAUUUGAGAUUCUCCAAGGCCGUUCCCGGGAGAGAAUGAAGCACCUCACAUCGAACGAUGUCAGGACACAGGAGCUGGCUCAAGCGGAAGAGAAAGAGAAGNNAAAACACAUGUAUGGCAAACAUCAAGUCAUGCAGAGUCUCAACCUCAUCGACGCUCUUCGCGAUCCGGAAGUCGGCCGUUCUGUUGCUGCUUCAUAUCAAGCAUUAUCACAAGCUAGCAAUCCUCUGCUUGAGUCUUGUAAAGACGCUUUUGGAGCCAUAGCUCACAGUAUCCACGAGAACAACAGUAAAAGAUGGUUCGGCAGAUUGUCUGCUGAACAGUUUGCUCAAAUGAGACAGUCGCACGUAGAUGUGCUCCAACGUCUGCGCGACGAGAAGUUCCACUUUCCCAACGUCGCCAACGAGGCGCUCUUCGCUUCGCAUGAACACCUGUUCGACGAGAAUGGUAGAUUCCAUGGUCAGACCUCAGAAAGGCACAAACUGGUUGGCAUGUUCUUCGGAUUCAACUUUGAGGAUCGUCUUUUGAUCUUGGCUGCAGCUCUUGAACGAGCUUUAGAGCAAAUCACACUCCUCGAAAAGGACCGAGCGACGGUGCGGUUGUGGCUUCCAACAGGCCUGCGCAAAUUCGGUGCUUGGGCAUUCGGUGGCUCUCGUGCACCAGCCAUCGGAGCUCCGACGGUCGACGACAUGCCCCAAGCCGACAAGGCAACCAUCGAGGAAGUACAGCAGAGUUUCAAGCGAGUGCACAAGCCGACAAGAAAGCGCAACAAGUUGUCUACCAUGAUCCUUGGCUUCGGACAUUGGUUGAGCAACGACGAGGGCAUUUUCGCUCUGCGUGUACUUGUCGCUACUCUUGCGGCUGCCAUACCUGCAGCCUGUACGACAUCAGCGGGCUUCUAUUAUCGCGAGAAGGGAUUGUGGGCGCUCAUUAUGGCGCAGACAGGUACAGCGACUUUCUCUGCCGAAUUCAACUUCGCAUUUAUAACCAGAAUCUUUGGUACCAUCGCUGGAGGUGUACUCGGAAUGCUGGGAUGGUACAUCGGAAGUGGAAACGGUCCCGGAAAUCCCUAUGGCCUCGCAGCUGUACUCGCUGUCUACUCAGUAAUCCUCAUGUGGUUCCGCCUGUACACGCCACCUCAGCUCAUACAAGCAGUCAUGAUUGGUGGAUCCACUACCAUCCUGGUAAUCGGCUACGGGUACAUCGACACUCAUCUUCCCACUUACGGCAACCCCGGAUAUGGCUAUGAGGUUUUCUGGCGCCGUACAGUCCUGGUGCUUGUCGGAUUUGCUAUCAGCUUUAUUGUGACGCUGCUUCCCUGGCCGUCGUCUCUAUCACGAAACAUCGCCCGCAGGCUUUCUGGUGUACUGGACCGCGAGGCCGAUCACUACGCUGCACUGCUGUCAUCAUGGUCUGACCUUGAUGCUCACAACAAACACACUGUCGCAGUCGAGGCGGUGACCAUCCAGGUCGCCGGCGAGCUGAGCGCCCUGGGCGGGCCCAUCGGCAGUCUGAAGUUCGAGCUGUCGUCCAGCGUCUUCGACUCGACAACUUGCGGUCGCAUCAAGUCGAUCGCUGAGUUCAUCAACUAUCAGCUUGCGCAUCUGCACAUCCGCGCCGCCACACUUUCUCCCGAACUUCGCCGUCGUUUCGCCAUUGCGUCUGGUAUUCUUGAUCACCGUGCCAUCGCAGAUGUCAUGGUUGUCCUUGGCAUCAUGGCUCAGAGUCUGAAGACUGGUGACCCAUUGCCUGCGCGACUACCAACGCCACUGCUCAAGAAAUGUUUGGAGCAUGGACACGGAGCAGCUGUCGAAAACUUGACCAUAGAAGUGUUGCAGAAGGAGGGUGUGAGGGGCUAUACUGUCUGUAUGAGCGCAUAUCUCGGGUUCUUGUCAGGCGUGGACGAGCUUGUGCUUGCGCUGAAAGAAGCAGUCGGCGAAGCACAUCAUAUUCCUGACGAUCUCAAACUAGCUUGA